AUGGCAGACCACAAGGAGCUGAGUACCAGCGAGACGCCCUCGACAAACUCUCCGCAUGCAUCGGAGCGAUACCCAGUGAAAUGGUACCGAUCCUCCUACUACAACGCCACGAUCCUGGGGCUCUGCAGCUUUGCGGCUCCAGGCUUGUGGGGCGCCAUGAUGGGUGCCGGAUGCGCCGCGAGUCCUGAGGUUGUCAACGCUGCCAAGGCGCUGACGUUCUGCUUGAUGAUCGUCAGCUGCUAUUUUCGCAGUGUGCUCGUCAAGUCUGAAGCUGCCAUCGCUAUUGCCUACCCAGAGCCCUAUAACGGCGGUAAGAUCCUUGGCUACUGGCUGACAUACACCCUAUUUGGACAGGUUCUUGGUGGCGCCAUCAACCUAGGCCUGAAUUCGGAACGUGGCGAAGCCGGUGCUGUGUCGUACAAGGUCUAUCUCAUCUUCAUCGCCAUUCAAUCCAUGGCACCGCUGGAGAUUGUGGACAAUGUGAGAUCUGAGCUCAAGGAGAUGGGACGGGAGUUUCUUGGUCGGAAGUUCUUGUUGCUGGUGCCUCUGAUCGGCGCUGGCGUAUAUUCGGAAGCUGUGUAUUUCACAUAUAUCGCGUUAUGGUUCAGUGUUCGCGCUCGAGCACUCGGCUCCUUCAUAUCGGCUAUCGUGACGAUCAUCACGAUUAAUGGCCUCGGACGAUGGCUGGAUCACAGCAAGCUGUCACUGAAGACGCGAACUCGCGGCGCUUUCUGGGCCAUCAUCCUUCUUCAAGGAGCGUGGUGGACAUGGGCGACCGUAAACGUCACGCGAUACCGCCGAAGCUUCCCGAGCUACGACUGGUCUGAUGAAGGCUUUGGCGCAGGUUUCGCAGUCUUCAUCUUCCUUAGAGUCGGCUUCCACUUCUUCAUUAUCACCAACUUGGCACAAGACGAGCAACAGAUCAUCAGAUACUCAGCGCUCCUUCGAGGUGCGGAGUCGGCAUGGCAAGCCCUGAGCUACGGACUGGGAUCGCUCUCGACAAUGGCCACGGUUGGAAGCAUAUACCUCAACUUUGGUCUGUGGGCUGUCUCGAUUUUCCCAGCGUGGCUAGUGGUUCGGCAUGUUGGCGUUGACCAGGCGCCGUUGGGAAGGAAAGAGGACCUACAAGUUUCCGCAGAGAAUCAUCCUGUGGCGACGGAGGUGGACGCAGAGAUCAAGAACAUUAACGUUGUCAUUGCAUUUUGGCAGAUAAGAGUGGUGGUCCAUUCGAAGACUGCUUACACAACUGCAAUGGAAACUUCCGAGCGAGUAUGCAAGACGGUGCAAGCCGAUGGAAGCCGUUUGUUUGUAGCAAGUUGUCGGACUGGAACGGAAGGAACUACUGAUGCGGAAGUGAUGGAGUAG